AUGUGGUUACUCUUCCUAUUCAUCACUCCCAUUUUCGGGGUCUACCUUCCAUUUGAGCAGCGCUAUGUGUCGAUAAAUGGCGGCCCGCCACUGCCCGUCCAAUAUGUUCACAUCUCGCAACUCCACAAAACCCAACCUGAGCGAAAAGCCCUCGCCUCAAAACUCCAAAAAUUCUCCGGAGAGAAAAGUUUGGAAGAAGCAAAGAUGGGAACAAAUUCACCGGAUUUGAGUGCAAAUCUAUCUCAGCUCUUCGGACGAGAACAAGGACUAGUGUCGAGGUUUCCGACUCUGAUCCCGGCACAAGAGCAGCUUCUUUAUCGAAAACUUGGCCUCCAAAAGAAGCAUCGACAUCGCCGACAUCGACGCCACCGAAAACACCGAAAGCACGGGAAAAAGAGAAGAAGGAGACAUCACAAAAAGAAGAGAAGACACGGGAAAAAGAAGGAAAAUGGCGAUGAGCACGUGGUUGAGAACGGCCCACUGACGCAGAUAUUGGAAGAGAAAAACGGAAUCACCAGCCUCACGCACAAAUUCGACGAGAAGCUGGCGCGCAAGAGCGACCCAGACAUUGACAAUAUGAGGGUUGAGCGAACUGAACGCAUCAACUUGCCCGACUACACGCAAGAGACGAGAAUCUCACACAAUAAACACCUCUCCCCAUCGACGAUGGCCAUUUUGCAGAGGCUCAGAACUUCGGGCAGCUUCCUCAACCCGACGAAUCCAUGGUCUACCACUUCUCAUUCAUCCAAUUUCUAUCAACAUCCCCUUUUCUCACAACCUGUAAUCAUCAAACGACCCGUGACGAAUCUACUCCGAAUCUCCUUCAAAACGGAUUCCCCGACCCGUUCUCCAUCUCUUCAAUGGGUUCUCCCCACACCGCAUCAUGGUGACAUCAUUCCAUCACAUCAAUUCGCUUUCCCGCCACUCGAUUCUCUCGAUUGGUGGAGGGGAUGGCUAGAGCCGGAAGGAAACAAGAGCACAAGUCAUAACAAAAGUAUCGAUGUGAUGUGUGCCAGCUGUUUCAGUGAUCAACCGGAUGCUUUGGCGUGCACUAGAUCGAUCCUCGUCUCGACCCUAGCCCUUCUCUCGGCUCUUGUCGCUAUCAAACGGAUCAUCGACUUGCACCGAACCAACCCGUCCCCAAUCCGACUCCUAAUAUUUCUACUGAUUCUCCUGCAAUGCUUAGCUGGCUCCUUUGAAUGGUUGGUUGGAUGGACGACACAAUUGGCACUUUUCAUUACCUAUGCAAAGGCAAUCGAACUCCUCAUUAUCUGCUAUUUCUAUUUGGAUUUAGCUUCGAAAAUUAUGCAUUGGAGUUCAUUGGCUGGGAAGAGACUGUGCUUCUCUUCACUCAUCCUUCUCUUCACUUAUUUCACUCUUUUCCUAGUGAUGGGCUUUCUUCUUUCAAUCGAGCCAUGGACUGAUUGUCAUGCUCCUUAUUGGAUUUGGUUUUCUUGUGGAGAAUUUCUGACAGUUCAAUUAAUGGUUUUCUCAUUUUUGUUGAUUGUAAAUCGAAUGAAUCGCAUCUCCGCCUCACCAAAUAUUCAUCAACGACAAAGGAGACAACUAUUCACCUUAUUCUGGGUCUUCGAGACAUCUUGUCUUGCCGAUCUUGGAUAUCAUAUUUCUCUCUAUAUAUUAGCCGAUGAUGAAAAAGGAUGUUCGGGGGAUUUUUGUAAGUACAAAAAG